GCACCACCAAUGUCAAACCCAACCCAGAAAACUUCACAUUGACUCAACUGACCUCACGUUAUGUUUUUACAUUGAGGUAACAGCCCUACAAUCUGGAUAGAGGACGGUUUGAAGAGAGUAAACGCUUAACUCGGAAACAUUUCCCUUUGUGUAGUUUUGUUGUCUUUUUGUGUGUCGCGGUUAUUUGCAGGCGAAUCUAACCAGACAAGAUGCGUCUCACGUUGCAAAUGUUGAUCUCCCACGGCCGGGUGGCCCGGAAGAUGGGCAUGGGUCCACAGUCUCGAAUCAACAUGCUGCGGAACAUAUUGACAGGACUGGUCCGACACGAGAGGAUAGAAACCACGCUGGCCCGAGCAGAUGAAGUCCGCUUCUACGCCGAAAAGCUAGUUGACUACGCCAAAAAGGGAGACACUGAUGAGAAGGCAAUGAAAAUGGCUAGCUUUUGGCUCACGGAAAAGGAUCUGAUCCCAAAGCUCUUCAAGGUCCUUGCGCCACGGUUUGAGACUCAGUCAAAGGACUACACACGGAUAGCACGCCUCCCAAACAGACAGAACCUGGACAGAGCUAAGAUGGCUGUCCUGGAGUACAAAGGCAACCCCUUCCCACCUCUCUAUCCUGUGAAAAAAGAGAAUGAACUCACUCUCAUCAACCAGCUGCUCAAAGGCUACAGAGAAGAGAGGGCACAACAGUUAGCUGCAAAAAAUUAAUUAACACUAUCUUAGUGUUGGAUCAGUGAUUGUGGUCACUGAAGGAUGAUGUUUGGGUGCUGAAAUGCUUCUGAAGAGUCACUUGCAGAUUCUGCAGAUUGUGACUUAUAGACUGAUACAAUUCAUCACCAGAAGAACAGUUCCAGCUCCAGAGUCAACUGAGGGCAAGGAAAUAGCUGUAAAAGGACAAUCCAGAAUGAUUUUGUGUUAAUAAAUGUAAUUUCUAAACAGAAGUAACAGCUAUUAGCUUUAUUUCUUUGAACACUUUGUUAGCAGGUUUGCCCUGUUGACCAAGGGAGACAGCAGCACACAAAAUUAAAAUAAAACAUGCUUUUGUGGUACAUAUUAAAGGAGUACUUUAUUGAGUAUUUCACUUUCAUAAAGUUGGGGAGCUUAUGAGGCAGAUAAAUAUAAAACAAAGACUGUAGAAUGGCGCAGUUUAACUAGAUCCUACAUUUCUCAUAAUGCAGCUGCAUAGCAUCUCUCAUUAGUGUGUAACAUGUUCUUUAUAUGCCUACUUCAUUCAAACUCCACACCUCCAGUUUGGGGUGCAGUGAUUCUGUCUGUAAUCUUUGAUCACAAGUGAUGACAUCACUGACAUCUGUUUUUUUUCAAUUCUAAUCUUUGGAAAGCUCCCUGCGGUCACAGAAGACAACUGUUUACCACUACUCCUCGUGACGAGUAACAAGUGCAUUUGAAAAAUUGGUGGAGUACCCCAAUUAAAUAGUGAUUUCUUUGGAUUGAUAGCAAAUAACUGGACAGAUAAGAAUGUGAAUCUGUUUCUUACACAAUUGAAAAGCCUCCCCUCACCUUUUUCAGAAAGAAUUUUACGAGUGUGGCAUUUCAACUCUUGUGUUUUCAGGCCACAUUUUUUGGUUCAGUUUGUACAGGAUAAAAAAAAACUAACGCCUUACUACAAUACUACUUCACAGCAGACAUUUUGGCUUGUAGGAGGAGAAGCACAGGUGUAAUUGAUACCAUUCGGGACGCCUCCAGUCCAAAUACAUAAAUGGAAUUGAACCAUCAUUAAAGUUAUUAAUUAUA